UCGACUUCGACUUCAUCAUAAUAAAAAGACGAAUCGAUUAGUCUUAAUAUUUUAUUAUAGUGAAAAUAUGGCUAAUACUGGAGUACUGCCUUUUAUUCGGGGAGUUGAUUUUACAAAGAAUGACUUCAGUGAUAAUAAUUUUCCAUCUGCGGUGAAAUUGAUGACGCGGGUGCAAUGGCUGAAUUUGGAUGCAACGCAAUUGAAAUAUAUUCCCGAGGAGAUGGGAAAUUUGCUUAAGCUGGAGCACCUGAGCCUUAAGAAUAACCAGCUGGAGAAACUCUUUGGUGAACUGACGGAAUUGACAUGCCUUCGAUCUCUGAACUUGAGAAGAAAUUGUAUAAAAAGUAGCGGGGUGCCCCCUGAGUUAUUUCACCUCGAAGAGUUGACCACAUUAGAUUUGUCGCACAACAAAUUGAAGGAAGUUCCAGAAGGCUUGGAGAAAGCGAAAAGCCUUCUGGUAUUGAAUUUGAGCCACAAUAAUAUUGAAGCCAUUCCGACGGCAUUGUUUAUACACCUCACAGAUCUACUAUUUUUGGACUUGUCGGACAACAAAUUAGAAACAUUACCUCCACAAACUAGAAGGCUUGCAAAUUUGCAAACAUUGAUUUUGGCCGAUAACCCUUUGGAGCUAUUUCAAUUAAGGCAACUUCCAUCACUCCAAAAUCUCGAGGUGCUUAAUAUGCGAAAUACACAACGCACACUUUUAAAUUUUCCUACAACACUGGACACAUUAUCCAACUUGUCGGAGCUUGAUUUGUCGCAAAAUAACCUUUCCAAAAUUCCAGAAUGUGUUUACAAUUUGCCCAAUUUGAAAAGACUGAAUUUGAGCGAGAACACUAUUACAGAACUCAGCUCCAGUGUCGAGAAUUGGCAGCGAUUGGAAGUGCUUAACUUAUCGCGCAAUGAGUUGACAAGUCUGCCUGCUUCGUUAUGCAAGCUGGCUCAAUUGCGUCGAUUGUAUCUCAAUGACAAUCGCCUGGAUUUUGAGGGAAUCCCAUCAGGAAUAGGAAAGCUUUGCAGUUUGGAGAUAUUCUCUGCCUCCAACAAUUUGCUGGAAAUGGUGCCCGAAGGACUUUGCCGAUGUGGAUCCUUGAAACGAUUAAAUCUAUCGUCGAAUCGUCUAAUUACGUUACCCGAUGCCAUACAUCUCUUGGAUGGUCUGGACCAGCUAGAUUUGCGUAAUAAUCCCGAUUUGAUAAUGCCCCCAAAGCCGACAGAAGCUACUAAAGGUUCGGGUGUGGAAUUUUACAAUAUAGAUUUCUCUCUGCAGACCCAACUGCGCUUAGCAGGUGCGGCAGUCCCACCAUCAGUUCCUGUGACUUCCACUCCAAAAGAUUCUACAGCUCGUAAAAUUCGGCUACGUCGUGGUCCCCGCAACGACUCAGCUCAAGAUUCCGCAAAAAUACUUAAGGGAAUGAAAGACGUAGCAAAGGAUAAGGACGAAGCAGAGGCAAAUCAAUCUUGGUGCAACGACUCUGAUGAAACGCGCCCCGAAUCCUUAAAGCCUAAACGAUGGGAUGAGUCGCUGGAAAAACCACAAUUGGAUUAUUCAAAAUUUUUUGAAAAAGAGGAUGGACAGUGCCCCGGUUUAACAAUUUGGGAAAUUGAAAAUUUUCUUCCCAAUAAAAUUGAAGAAGUUGCUCACGGAAAAUUUUACGAAGGUGAUUGUUACAUCGUUCUUAAAUCAAGCUACGAUGACCUGGGACAAUUGAAUUGGGAAAUUUACUUCUGGAUUGGUAAUGAAGCAACGCUCGAUAAAAGGGCGUGUGCAGCUAUUCAUGCAGUUAAUCUAAGAAACUUUUUGGGAGCCCGCUGCCGAACCAUCCGCGAGGAACAAAAUGACGAGUCUGAAGAGUUUCUGGCACUUUUCGACACAGAGGUUACAUAUAUUGAGGGUGGUCGAACCGCCACUGGCUUUUACACUGUCGAAGAUAUGUUGUAUACCAUACGUUUGUAUCGUGUACACGGUUCUGGUGCUUCGGUUCAUAUGGAACCAGUUGCUGUGAGCUUCGCUUCUCUUGAUCCCAGAUAUUCCUUUAUGCUAGACUGUGGCAUCAAAAUGUACAUUUGGUUGGGAAGGUGUUCCAAAAACACACUUAACUCGAAGACACGCUUAAUGGCAGAAAAAAUCAAUAAAACUGAACGAAAGAACAAAUGUGAAAUAAUUGUGGAAAUGCAAGGAAAUGAAAGUGAAGAAUUUUGGCGUUAUCUUAAUGCUGACCCCGAAGAAGCGUCCCAACAGAAAAUACCGCAACACGUUGAAGAGAAUUUUGUGCCAUCGAUUCCUCGCCUUUACCAAGUUCAGUUGGGUAUGGGCUAUUUGGAAUUGCCUCAAGUAGAAAUACCAGAUCACAAAUUAGUCAGUUCUUUGCUGGUCAGUAAAAACGUGUACAUUCUAGACUGCUUCACCGAUUUGUUCGUAUGGUUUGGGAAAAAAUCCACGCGUUUGGUUAGAGCAGCUGCUAUAAAACUAUCCCGAGAGUUAUUUAAUAUGAUUUCGAGGCCUGUAUACGCCCUCGUUACGCGUUUGCAAGAAGGGGCAGAAACACAAAUGUUCAAAUCGAAAUUCAUUGGUUGGGACGAGGUAAUGGCCGUUGAUUUUACUCGAACUGCAAAUUCUGUAGCAAAGACCGGAGCGGAUUUAACAAAGUGGGCAAAACAGCAGGAGACGCGUGCAGAUCUGGCUGCACUGUUCAUGCCUCGCCAAAAUCCGAUGCCACUGAAAGAAGCAGAACAGUUGGAGGAAGAUUGGAAUUAUGACCUCGAAGCUAUGGAAGCUUUUGUUUUGGAAGGCAAAAAGUUUGUACGGCUACCCGAGGAAGAACUGGGUCAUUUCCAUACAGCAGAAUGUUACGUAUUUCUCUGUCGCUAUUGCAUACCAGCAGAUGAUGAUGAAGAGGGUGCUGAACCGGAUGAUAGCAAACCGCCUCCCGACGAUGAAAUACAAUGCAUUGUAUACUUCUGGCAAGGUCGCAAUGCAGGAAACAUGGGAUGGCUUACAUUCACAUUCACUUUACAAAAAAAAUUCAAAACAAUGUUUGGCGAAGAACUUGAAGUGGUGCGAAUACAUCAACAGCAAGAGAAUCUAAAAUUUUUGGCACACUUCAAACGUAAAUUCAUAAUUCAUACAGGAAAGCGCAAGGACAAAAUAAGGAGUCCCGAAACCAAGCCUAUCGUUGAGUUUUUCCAUUUACGUUCCAAUGGCGGAGCACUCACAACUCGUCUUAUACAAAUUCAACCAGAUGCGAUACACUUAAAUUCUGCAUUUUGCUACAUUUUGUAUGUUCCCUUUGAGACGGGGGAUGAAUCGCAAUCCGGCAUUGUCUAUGUUUGGCUUGGCUCAAAAAGUUGUCCAGAGGAAGCAAAGCUAAUACAAGAUAUUGCUGAAGAAAUGUUCAGCAGUCCAUGGGUUAGCUUACAAAUUCUGAAUGAAGGAGAAGAACCAGAAAACUUUUUCUGGGUUGCAUUGGGAGGCCGCAAACCUUAUGAUACAAAUGCCGAAUAUAUGAAUUACACACGUUUGUUUAGAUGCUCCAAUGAAAAAGGUUAUUUUACCGUAGCGGAAAAAUGCACGGACUUCUGCCAAGAUGACUUAGCCGAUGACGACAUUAUGAUUCUGGAUAAUGGCGAGCAAGUGUUUCUCUGGUUAGGAUCGCGCUGUAGCGAAGUUGAAAUAAAACUGGCCUACAAAUCUGCACAGGUUUACAUACAGCACAUGCGUAUUAAACAACCAGAGCGUCCGCGUAAAUUAUUCUUAACGCUUAAAAAUAAAGAAUCCAAGCGUUUUACAAAGUGCUUCCAUGGAUGGGGAGUACAUAAAUCACCACCUGAAUAAAUUGGGAUGGCCUACAAUUAAGCAUGGUAUUGAAUGGACACUUUUAUAACUUGCACUCACUCUUUUCUCUAACAAAGUAUUCAAUUGUUGUUUGCCAUGACUUUGUUUGUCAAAUGUAUUUAUCGUUAUAAUUUUCCAAUUUAUAAUGUUUAUUAUAAUUUUCAUAAAUUACUUACUUACUUAAAUUGGCUAUGACGGAACAUUUGUCCCAUUAGUCGAACGUAGAAUAGUGUUCCAAGCGCCUCAAUUGUCUGCGCGUCUUCUAUAAUCUGCGAGGUGUCUCCCACCACUUGAUCUUUCCAUCGGGCUUCGGGUCUUCCCGGCUUGCAUGUACCAAAAAGACUUCCUCGCUGGAGUUUCUUCUUUCAUUCUGACAACAUGACGUAGCCAACGCAACCGUUGCAUUUUCAUAAGUUUAACUAUGCUGACAUCGUCAUACAUUUCUUAGAGUUCGUGGUUCAUACGAAGCCGAUACUCCCCAUCAAUGCAAACUGGUCCAUAAAUUGUACGAAAAGUCUUUCUCUCAAACACUCCAAGCACUGCCUCGUCUGCUUUCACAAGUACCUAUGCCCCUCGGAACCAUAUAACAACACGGGUAGUAUCAGUGUCUUGUAUAGUGUGAUCUUCGUCUGCCGAGAGGUGGCCUUGUUUCUAAACUGUUUACUCAAUCCAAAAUAGCAUCUGUUUGCCAGUAUUUGCUUUAUUUUAAAACUGAUGUCAUUUUAAAACUGAUGUCAUUCGUUUCGGUUACGACGGUGCCUAGGUAGAUAAAGUUGCUGACUAUCUGAAUGUUGUUUUUUUUUAAUACAACGAAAAAACUGUACCCUACAUUUACAUUUAAAUUAUUAAAUAACAUGAUAAAAUUAA